AUGUCUGAGCGUACUCCAGCUCCUUACAGGCCAAGAUCAGUGUAUGGAUAUGCUAUGUACAUAGGAUUCAAUUUUUUGUUGUUGUUGUAUCUUAUUUGGGCAUUUAUACCUGAUGUAAUUUUACACGAGACAUUAGGACUUACAUAUUGGCCAUCCAAAUAUUGGGCAGUUGCACUACCCAUUUGGAUUUUAACUGCUAUCGCAGUGUUUGCUUUUGCUAUUUAUCCUGCCAUCAAUAUGUCUAUGACUCCAGAAAUCGAUGAUCCAAGAACUAUUAUCGAUGAGCAUGGUUUGGAGCAAAGGAACAGUAUUCCUGGUGGCAUUCCACCAGUGUCUGACAUACCAAUUACUGAAGUUUGUAGAAAGUUAUAUUUGUACAACGAAUGAAAUAAAACAAUGGUUUUUAUUACAAUAAGUUUACAAUUUAUUCUCAUCCGUAAUCCUCGCGAUAUUUUAAAAGCCGUGCCAAAAUAUUUGGGAGCAACUAUAUAUUAACUUAAGA